AAAUGAUCGAUUGUUCAGCGGAUCAGUUGCAGAUGAGUAAAUCCGAUCUUCGCUGAGAGGGUGAAACUCAGACUAAAACAGCAUGGCAAGCUGUAGCGAAGUAGACCACUCCGUGGACGCACUGGCCUCUGGCAAAAAGGUGGGCGGAGACUCAGUGACGGGCAGCGGCGGAAGCGGAAGCUCCUCCCCUUCGUCUUCCCCUGCCCUUCCCAUCUUGGAAUGCGCCAUCUGCCUACAGAGCUGCAUACACCCAGUGCGACUUCCUUGUCGGCACGUUUUCUGCUUCCUCUGUGUGAAGGGUGCCUCCUGGCACAGUAAACGAUGUGCCCUGUGCAGACAAGAGGUUCCCGAGGACUUUCUGGAGCGACCCACGCUCCUGUCGCCGGAGGAGCUCAAGGCCUCCGCCAGCGGCGUGCGAGGCACGGGGGCAGGCGACUAUGCUUGGUAUUACGAGGGGCGGAACGGUUGGUGGCAGUACGAUGAGAGGACGAGUAGAGAGCUGGAGGACGCUUUGGCCAAGGGCAAGAAGAGCACAGAGAUGCUUAUCGCCGGGUUCCUCUACGUGGCAGACCUGGAGAACAUGGUGCAGUACCGGAGGAACGAGCACGGACGGCGGCGUAGGAUGAAGAGAGAUGUGGUGGACAUUCCUAAGAAAGGCGUGGCCGGGCUGAGAUUGGACCCUGAGCCUGGGAACAUGCCUGUGGCGGCCGUUGAGGAUGGGGACUUGGACGGAGGCAGCGUCAUGGAACGAGAGAGUUCGGCGGAUGGGGCGGACUCCGGAGCCAGCGGAGGGAGGUCCCAGGGUCUGUUUGCAGCACCCCCAGUCAGACCGCACACUGUCCUGGGGGGUCACCCUUCGAGUCCCGACUCCCCCUCCCCUCCCUCUCUGGUCCAUGCCCUGGACCAGCUGAACAUCAGCCCCGGAGAGGAGGAGGAGGAGGAGGGUGAGGAUGCAGAUGACGAAGAUGACGGAGCAGCUCCAGAGGCCUCAGGGUACGAGUCAGGGUCUUACAGCUCUGAGGAGGAGGAGGAUGAGGAGCAGCAGCAGAGAGGUGCUGAAAGGGGAGGAGGCUGGGCAGAGAGUUCUGGAAAUAGACACAGACUGCAGCAACCAGAUAGACUGCCCCCUGGUGGCGGGUCCUCUAGUGGCGCGAGCAGUGUUUGCUCUCGGAGCCCCGACGGUCAGUGUACUGUAACCGAGGUCUGACUGUUGCCAGGUUACCCAUGAUUGUCUACUUUCUGUGCAGUUACCGACUCUUGGGUCCUUUUAAACAGCCCCUGAAAAGCAAAAAAUUAAACAAAAAAAUUUGUAAUGGAAAGAAAUGAAAGUAUGAUAGGUCAGGGUUGA